UCACGAUCACCUCAGUUCACGAGCGUUCAUCGUCCAGUAUCGUGUUACAGUCGGUGUAUAGGCGUGGCUCAAAGACGAGAAGCCUCGAAGUCCAGGCUGAAACGACACCGAACGAUUCAAUAGCUUCGCUUUAUUAUUACUUUAAAUGCUCUGUGCAUAAAUAUGAUGAACCCGUUUUUGUUUUUUGUGAUGUUAUCACUUAUUAAAGGUGUGUUACAUGAAGAAACAGGAGAACAGAAGACUGCAGAUGAGACUCUGUCAGUGAUGGAAGGAGAAAAUGUCACUCUAAGAUCUGACAUUGCUAAAAAACACAACAAUGAUCGGAUAGUUUGGACAUUUGGAAACACUCGAAUAGCUCAGAUGAAUGUUGAGCCCGGUAAGAUCUCAUUAUAUGAUGGGGACCGUGAAGUAUUUCACAACAAGCUACAAUUGAACAAAGAUACUGGAGAUCUGACUAUUACAUACAUCACAACUGAACACACUGGAGUUUAUAAAAUAGCGAAUCUCAACAGCGAGGGAUCCAAGAUAUUCAUCGUUAAUGUCACUCAUCUGCCUGUUCCUACCAUCUCUAUAAACGCUUCAUCAUCAGAAAGAUCUUCAGUGUCAAAAUGUGUGUUGUUGUGCUCAGUGAUGAAUGUGACACAUGCGAGUCUCUCCUGGUACAAAGGAAAGAGUUUAUUGUCCAGCACCAGUGUGUCUGAUCUCAACAUCAGACUCUCUCUACCUCUCGAUGUGGAAUAUCAGCGAUACAAACACAUACAGCUGUGUGGUGUCUAAUCCGGUCAGCAACCAGACUCAACAUCUCAACAUCACUCACGUCUGUGGACUCAUUCCUCCAGCACAUGGUCUACAGCCGUUACAUAUAGCACUCAUAGUGGUAUUCGCUGUGAUUUUCACAGUUGCUCUUUUUGUUGGGAUUUGCUAUAAGAAGUUUCGAAAACCGAAGAAUAAAGCCCAGCCUACUGAAGAGGAACUGCAUGUUUUAAAUGGUUCUAGUCCAGCUGAUCAACGAAAUGUUGGUCUGAGUGAUGGGGAUCAGGUUGAUCAGCCAAAUGAUGCAAGGGUAGAAACGUCUAAUCUAGAGGCAGAUUCUCAUAACCUGCUGAAUGAUGAGGGUGAAGUUGAGCAGCCAAAUGAUGGUCUAAAUACUACAGAAUAUGAUGAUGAGAUAAAAGAGAUAAAAGAUGAAUUCAAGACACUUUAUGUGCAAGAGGGAGAGUGUGUUACUCUGCGGGUUAAUGAACUAAUUGAGGAAGAUGAUGUGAUACAAUGGAGUUUUGCUGAAUCCAGACUCAACACAAUUAAAACUGAAGUCAUUGCUGAAAGGACAAACGCAAAUGAUGGGAAAAUCUUAUGUAGCGAUAAGACACUUCAGCUAGAUAACCAGACCGGUUUUCUGACCAUUACAAACAUCACACCUAACGACACUGGACAUUAUAAACUAUGGAUUCCCAAAAAGAGGAUUUCGAAGACAUUCAACAUUACUGUGAAUAAAAGGGUUAAAGGAGACAUUCCUACUGACAACAGAAGAGGGGCCAACAGUGAACCUAGAAAAAACACUACAAAUGAUGAAACGGCUACAUCCAGUUAGUAUUUGAGGCUGACUAACCGAUGUGAAUUGGAAUCAGCAAUUGUAAGUUUACGGAAGUGGCUUGAAUUCUGUCUUCAUGAACAAUUUACUGAAAUCAAGCCUCUUACACAGCCAAUAUUUGUUUGGAUUUGUUGGACUUUGCGUUAAGAGCAUUGCGUUAACAAUGCAAGGUUGUGUGUUGAUCCCAGGGGAUUGCACAUACCUAAGUAUAAAUGUAUAAAUUACUGCAAUGUAAGUUGCUUUGGACAAAAGCGUCUGGCAAAUGCAUAAAUGUAAAUAUAUAAAUGUAUAUUUGUUAUAAGAUGCGCUUUAUAAAUGUGAAUGAUUUGGGUGCUGUAGUAGUUAUCUCUCCUAAAAAGCUGAAGAACUCUGGAGAACUCGAGCAUCAGAGUAAACGAGACGAGAAAUAUGAAAGUGAAAAUGGGGUGACCCAGAAUGGGGUGACAGUCGAAUCUUCGCAGAGGUGUUACGCAAUGGGGAUCAUGCCAUUUUGUUUACAGAAGCAAUGGCGUAGCAGACGGGCACCCACUGCGGCGCUAAAGUAUUAUUUAUGAUGUAAAGAAUGGGACAUUUUUAGGGUUGGCUACCGAAACCCCCGUCUUCUGUGCUGCGAGACCUGUAAAGAGAAGAAGAGCGGUCUGCACGCAGAUGACUCGGAAAUGAAUGUGUACACCAUUUCCAAACAUUUCUCACUUACUUGAUGCCAAGUAAAAGCGCCUUGUUGGACACAGCCCCUAAGCAAACGCACAGUAAGACAAAGUGUUGAUAACUCUAAGCUGCACAUAUUGACCCGUGUUCUGUUUACUAUCACGUGUCAUGCAUGUUCAUGAUGAUGUAGGAUGAAUGAAAACGCACCAGGGUUCGAUAGAAUCAAGAUGGGACAAAACAGCUUGUGAGGGGACAAACGCAUUCGCAAUCGCAUUCACACAUCAAAUGUACAUCUACAGUGUUUCCUCUUCAUUCCUGGUUACUUUGCAACAGAAAACACCACGAGAGCCCAAGUUCCAGUUUUACGUGAAAUAUGAAUGGCCUCUAAAAACGCAUAAUCGGAUGUUAACUGAAGAACUGUGCGUUAAUGCGCCUGCACACACACACACACAAACACACACAUGUCGGGGACAACCCUAAUUUGUAUUACAUUUUUAAAUUUCCUGCAUCUGGUGCCAAUACAGAAAUGUAGUUUUCUGAGAAACUUAUCUAUGCAUUUUUAUUUAAAUAAACCCUUAUUUACUAUCA